AAAAAAGUUCCGCUCGCUCGCUAGCGCCGUGCCGUCGUCGUCUCGUCUAUAUAAAGCAAAGCAAAGCAAAGCCCCAUCGAUAACGAACGAACCAAAAUAUCUCUUCCCACUCCGUUAGUCAGUAGCACAUUAAGCAGAUUAAUUAAUUCAUAAUAUCUCGCCGGCCGUCGUUACGAUGGUUCGCUACGCCACCGCUGCUCUCCUCAUCCUUAUCUUCUCGAUCAUCGCCGCCUCCCACGCCCGCAGCUUCCUCAAACUACCGUCCGACGCCGCCAGGUUCUUCCGCCCCGCCGCGGAGGAAAUCAGAGGAGCCGACCCUGUGGGGACUCGGUGGGCGGUCCUUCUAGCGGGAUCCAAUGGUUAUUGGAACUACCGCCAUCAGGCUGAUAUUUGCCAUGCCUAUCAGUUAUUAAAAAAAGGCGGCCUCAAGGAUGAAAAUAUAGUUGUAUUUAUGUAUGAUGACAUUGCGCACAAUGAAGAGAACCCCAGGAAAGGGAUCAUCAUCAACAGCCCUCAUGGUGGCGAUGUUUAUCAAGGAGUUCCUAAAGAUUACACAGGGGAUGAUGUUACUGUUAGCAACUUUCUUGCUGUUAUCCUUGGAGACAAAACUGCCGUUAAAGGCGGCAGCAAGAAGGUUGUUGAUAGUGGUCCAGACGAUCAUAUAUUUAUUUAUUAUUCUGAUCAUGGUGGCCCUGGUGUUCUUGGUAUGCCCACCAGUCCUUAUCUCUACGCUGAUGAGCUGAAUGCUGCCUUGAAAAAGAAGCAUGCUGCUGGAGCAUAUAAAAGUUUGGUAUUCUAUCUAGAGGCGUGUGAGUCUGGGAGCAUCUUUGAGGGUCUUCUGCCUCAAGGUUUAAAUAUUUAUGCAACAACAGCUUCAAACGCUGAAGAGAGUAGCUGGGGGACGUACUGUCCGGGAGAGUUUCCAAGUCCUCCUCCAGAAUAUGAGACUUGCUUAGGUGAUUUGUAUAGUGUUGCCUGGAUGGAAGAUAGUGACAAACACAACCUAAGGACUGAAUCGCUGAAGCAGCAAUAUCGCCUGGUAAAGGAUAGAACUCUCGGUGGUAACUCUGCCUAUGGAUCCCAUGUGAUGCAAUACGGAGAUCUAGACAUCACCAAGGAUUCCCUUUUCCUGUAUAUGGGUACGAAUCCUGCAAAUGAGAAUUACACCUUUGUGGAUGAAAAUUCAUUGAGAUUUUCAAAAAGGGCGGUGAACCAGCGUGAUGCUGACCUUUUGCAUUUCUGGGACAAGUUGCGCAAUGCCCCAGAAGGCUCUGCGAGGAAAUCUGAAGCUCAGAAACAAUUCACAGAAGCCAUUUCACACAGAAUGCACUUAGACAACAGCAUUGCACUUAUUGGGAAGCUCUUGUUUGGAAUUGAGAGAGGUCCUAAGGUGCUGAACAAGAUCCGUGAUCCAGGCCUACCCCUCGUCGAUGACUGGAGCUGCCUCAAGUCAUUUGUGAGAACUUUUGAGCAGCACUGCGGGUCGUUGUCACAAUACGGGAUGAAACACAUGCGUUCAGUUGCUAACAUAUGUAAUGCGGGGGUCAGGAGGGAGGAGAUGGCGGAGGCAUCAGCACAAGCUUGCCCCAUCUUUCCUUCCAACACUUGGAGCUCUCUCCACAGAGGGUUCAGUGCAUAAGUUCCAGUGUAAUGUUUGGGGUUAUACACAUCACUUAUAAUUUUAUAUGAUGGCAGCUUUACUUCUUUCAUGUGUAUACCAGUAAAAGGUCUAUCCUCUAAUCCUCUAUGUAAAAUCUAUAUCAAUACCUCUUCAUCACAAUGCAUCUAAUAGCCACUCUCUUAUGUAAAUAGUCGCUACUGAACCUAUAGUAAAACCUUUUGUAAAAUUCUUCCUAAUGGUUUUAAUGUUACUUUUUGUGUAUAUUUUGUGAUUUUUAGUUUGUAUGAGAAAUCUCGAUUUCGGUUGUGGAAAGUAGCUUGAGAUUAUACAGUAGCUUAUCAGUUUGUUUCGCGAUUACAAGUGUCAUUAUUCAUUUAUUUCUUUCACAAUUGUGGUCCAUCCUUUUUUAUAGCGACCAACACCAUGGGUAGGGUGAUCAGGGUCCCGAUUUUUGAACCAGGAUUGGACUUGUUGAGAAACAUUUAGAAACCCAAGCUCCCACCUAUGCCUGGACUCGGGCCGGUUCGGGCCCGGCCGGGCCUCGGGCCAGGAAAGGGAGGCCCGAGCCCGAACCGCCGGUGGCCGGUUCCGGUCCCGGUUCCGGGCCAAACCGGGCCGGGCCGAACCGGCCCAAUAUUUUUUUUUUUUUUGUUCUCUUAUUUAAUCCCCUACCCCUCCCCCUUAACCCCAAACCAUCCCAAACCACCUCAAAUGGCCCAAAAUACCUAAUCCAACCUAAAACUUAAAAAAUUUCAAAAAAAAAAAAAAAAAAUUAAAAUCCGGCCCGGACCGGGCCCGAACCGGCCGGGCCGGUUCACCAAAACCUGGGCCCGGGCCCGAACCGCCCAGCAGCCGGGCCGGGCCGAACCGAACCGAGGGACCCACCGGGCCCCGGGCCGGGCCGGGCCAAACAGUAACCGGGCCGGUUCCGGGCCGGGCCGCCCGGCCCGAGUCCACCACUACUCCCACCCAUCCCUUGACACAUCCCUCAAAGUCAGCACCGCCCGAUCUUUUUGCAACCCUUGUCGUAAGAUCUAUUGCAACCAUCGUUGUUGGCUACCAACCAUUGUGGAUGGAUUUGCACGACCACUGAUUUACAAGCUCGUCAGUCGUCAGUGAUGGAGAAGCUCAUUGUUGUCGUCCAUGCACAAAUUGAAGAAAAGGAGAAGAAUUUCUAAUGGUGGUUUCGGCAAUCAAAACAGUUGUUGCCAUAGAGGUGUACUUGUGUUCGUUGAUAUAAAGGCUUGUGUUCGUUGUGCCUAUAGUACUAGAUGUAGCAGAGUAUCUAGGAUAAUUACCUCGAGCCUGCACUCCUGCAGGAUAGGGGUCUUACAUGUGUAUUACAAAUGACCAAUCAUUCAGGAUUUCACCCUAACAUUACUAAAAGUUAAUACCAACUUUUGCAAUUAUUGUG